AUGGCGCCGCUGCCCCCGCUCCUGCUGCUGCUCCUGCUGCUGCCCGCGGCCCUUUCUAAAAGCGCUUUGGGGGAAGCCCGUUCCAGGCACAGGAGGGGAAUCCUGGAGCUGGCCGGAGCCAUCCGCUGCACCACGGGCCGCUCCCCCUUCGCCUACCUGCGCUACGGCUGCUACUGCGGGCUGGGAGGAAGAGGAUGGCCCAAGGACAGGGUGGACUGGUGCUGCUUUAACCACGACUGCUGCUAUGGCAAGGCAGAACAAGCAGGUUGUCAGCCAAAGACUGAGAGUUACCACUGGGAAUGCAAAGACAAUUCUGCUGUGUGUGAUUCACUAGAAGACAAAUGUCAAAAAAUGGCCUGUGAAUGUGACCGGGAAGCUGUCAAAUGUUUUUCUAAAGCUCCGUAUCACAGAAAAUACCUUUUGUGGCCAGACUUUAUGUGUGGUGAGAUCCAGCCUUUAUGUAGGUAUUAGACAUCCAACAUCAGUCUUCAUGAAAACUCUGUAUGUAUUUAAAUCUAAAAUGACUUUUUGUGUCACAGUAGUGACAACAAAUGAUGUUGCCCUUUGUUGAUGCUCCUUCUUGCCACCUCAGCCUCUCUACCCAAGAAUGGCCAAAGUAAACAUGUAUCCUGUUA